UGUAAAAUUCUAAUAUAAAAGUGUAACUUAAAAUAAAAAAUAAUUAUUUUCUAAAUUAUAUUUAAAUCUUUAGCUUUCUGUUUUAAUUGUCGUCUUGAUAGCAAAUAACAAUACGAAAUGGCAGACAGAAACAAGUCACAAGCAGCUGGCGAUGCACCAGAUAAGAAAAGAGAUAAAAGUAAAACUAGGAUAAGGGAGGAACCGCUUUCGGAACCUGAGGAGCUCCCUAAGACACCGUCGCAAAUUGCACGCGAAGAGGCAGAAUACAGAUCAAUGUUACGUAAACAACGAUUUAAACGACGAUGGCCGGAGGUCACCAAGGUGACGAUUCGAACACGACCCUGGAGACCACCACCACCACCACAGAGAUUGCCACGUAUUAUGAUCGAUCUACCGGAGCUGACAACCCGUAAAUGGGUACCUCCGUAUAUGAGGCGUAGGAGAAGACGAAGGAAGCUGCCGAGAAUAGCGCCCGAGGAGAUCACGCAGCCGUUGUACGAAGGAGCUAAAUUAAAAAAGAUAUGGCAUAACUUCAGUCAAGUGGAGAAGAAUAAGAUGAUACUUCAAGGGAACAUUGGAUGUAACUCGAAGAAAUAUUCAUCGACUGCUUGUGGCGCCCAAACUGCUUGCAUAGCGGUUAUGUGCCGAGCUUUUCUAGAAGAGAAAACUCCAGCGGAAUUCGUUAGGCAAGACGUCGACGAGCUCAUUGAAUCUGGUGACAGAUAUUAUAGACAGUGUAUGCUGUCUCUUAAGUGCUAUAAAGGAAAACCUCAAUUGCAACUUAAUCAGCUUUUAACGUCUUUCUUCUUCCACGACAAUAAGUACACUGUCAAGAUGGUCGAGAUAGAGAGGGGUUUGUUAGCAAAGCAUCCGGAUAACAUACAGGCUGAGCCAGAUUUGAUGGCAUUUAUGGAGAAACGUGUAGGCACUUCGUAUAUGAUGAUUUUGUCAGCCGGGGACCGCCACUUUCUGAUUUGGGGCCACCCCCCGUCACCGGAGAGUGGGAGUCAAGUGAAAACCGUUUGCUACAUAUUAGACCCGCACAUGUUGAAUGAAUUAGGACAACCGCAUAAGUUGUUCGGAGCUGGUGCGUUUCUCCGUUACGCAGGGAUAACGUCAUUUGUAUUGGACUUCCUAGCCAAUUACGGUGACUUGGAUGCUGCUAAGAAGGGCACGCCGAAGCCUGUUAUAACCCUCACUAAUAUCGAGGUGGUGCAAAAAGAACCGCUUCUCCGUGAUCCGAACUAUGAACUGGAUUUGAAGGCUUUAAAGGUGCAUUGUAAGAGCGAAUGGGAGAGCAUGAACAGGAACGCGCUGAUUGAGAAGAAGUUGAAAGAGGGUAAAUAUCCGCAUGGUUCGUUGAGCGCUGUCAGUUUAGCAACUUCAAGAGCCACUUCCAGGAAGAAGGUUCAAGACUUUUAUCAAAAAACACCGAAAGAGCCACCACCUCAACUGCCUGUUCCGCCGGAGCGAGCUCCUCCAGCUCCGACUCAGGAACAGAUAAUGCAGUUGCGAGGCGAGGACUUUUUCCUGUACUGUCCUAAGUCAGACGGACAUGCGUAUGGCAGAGACGAUAUGAUACCUCGACCAAAAUCCGAGACGGUAUUGCAUAGCGUCGUGGAGAUUGCUGAUCAGAAUUAUCAUUCUCAAUAUCAUCAGGUGGACGUGGACAAGUGGAUCCUGAGAGCUACGAGACACAUGGCUAGCUACAGAUACCAAACAUUUAAAACAUAUACGGGCGUUUCGUGUUGCGUCGCCGCCUUGGCGAUGUUGCGUAGACUGAGAGCUCGGGCUUGGAACGAGGACAUCCUAGAUGAGACCUUGGACAUUGGAUAUAAUUUCUUUAGGGAAUCACUGGUCGAAAGGGGCGGUCCGAUAAGGCGGCUCGUUUUAGGAGAAUUGAAGGAAAGUUUCACGAUCAGGGACAAGGACUACAUGCAUAAGGAGCGAGGAAUAGCGGUUUGGGGUAAAUUGAUAUCUACCAAUACAAAAGUUUUCGACCUCUGUCGGGGGAUCGAAGCUUUUUUCAAGGAAUCGGAUACCGGUAUACUCCAGAUUCCUGGGGAGUUUGAAGUUGCUAUCUGGAACGAGGGUGGUAAAUAUUACGUGUAUCACCCUUGGCCGGCCGAUAGAUAUGGGUAUAAGGUUGGCCUACAAGAUGGCGGUAAGGCCUGUAUCCUCAACUUCAACCGUGUCUCGCGGCUCUGCGAGCAUUUCUUGGAUAGCGUCGCAGACUUGAAGAGGAAGCCGUUCAGUAUAUCCGAUGUCUACGUCACGGAGAGGGGUGACAUGCCGGAGCCGGUCAAUAAGUUGAAACCGGUAGCCCCCAACCGGUGGGUGAUUCGUGGUAGGUUUCACGAAUCGGACCUUCGAUUUCCGGAGGAACACCGUGGAAAGCAAGCGACGCCGGUAUCCAUAGCGGCUAUCGCUAUGGCGCAUGUUCUAGAACCUUCGAAUUGGACAGCUGACGAUAUUGAUGAGACCCUUGUUCGUGGCGACAUUCUUUACCAAAAUACAAUGGAACAUCUCGAUCGUAUGGGCAUUACACUCGAGACUCCCCGCGGAGAAGAGGGGGCAGAAGAAGAGGAAAAGGGUACAACGGGGACGUUGGCAGCAGCUGACGUACUGACUAGGUUCAAGAUAUCGGAGUAUGAUUGUAUCGAGACUGAGGUCAUGGACAGCGCGUAUAGCGGUCAAUUAAACCCAGAACCGGGUAGUGGUAUCGUCGCUCUUAAGGACUCGAUUCGGCAACUGUUCAAAGAACACACUCACGCCGUUAUCACGGCCAGGGGAGGUUCAACGGCUAUUUGGAGAUUCGAUGACAGCUACUACUUCUUUGAUCCUCACGGUUGUGAUGAGAAUGGCUAUCCGUCCGAAGAGCCAAGAUCAGCGGCGUGCCUGGUUAGAGUAAAGGGAACACCUGAUGACUUAGCCAAUGUGAUUCUGGGCAAUUUGGCUCCGGGACUUGACGAUAGCUUUAACAUAUCACCAGUGGCAGUUAAUGCAAGUAAACUUAAUACGGAAAUUGGUGCGCCAGAAACGAAACUAGACAGUAAAGCAUUCAAUUGGAUAGCGAAAGGCAGCGCCGCCAUCAUGAUGGGACCGAGGGGGGAGAACACAGCAAUCGGUAAAGCUGCUGAGAAGGCCGGCAUCACCGACGAAGAUAUGGCAGGUCGCACUUUAGCGCUGCCAGUAGUGGCCGCCUUUGCAGCUGCAACCGAGGCUGUUCCGCCACCGCAUAUGCAUCAGGAUCACAUGUACAAUUUUCUCGAUGCUGGUGUUGAAUAUUAUUUGAAUCACGUUAAGAAAACUGGCCGUAAGGAAAUUGAGCCAAAUGAUCUGACGGAGAAGUUUGAAAUGGGUGCUAACACAUUCUCUAUUGAACUUGACGACCCUAUCCGGCUACCGUUAAGGCUUCCCGAUGAACCAGCAGGGGAAGGAGGCGAAGAAGAAGCAGCUGAAAAAGAAGAACUUGGAGAAGAGGAAGAAGAGAACGAAAAGGAACCGCCCAUGAAACAAAUUAAAGAUGCUUUAUUCAAAAUGUGGUACGAUCCGACUAAGCCUACAUCGGUAUCGUUACUUGUUGGCGACUACCAUCAGCUGGGAGUGUGGGUGUCUGCUGGAGGAAAAGUAGUUGCAUUCGAUCCCGCCCCAACCUUGCCCAAGGGGAUGUUGACAGCACAGCGGAUACACAAGGGUGACGAGCUGCGCAUUCAAAGAAUUAAAGAUGAGAUGGCCGGAGAAGGUGGCGGUGGUGGCGAAGAGGAAGGAGAUGAAGAAGCUGGAGCAGAAGGCGAAGAGAAACCAGAACCAGAACCAGAAUUCGUUCCACCAGAGUCUUGUCCAGCUCUGAUGGUAUUUGCCAGCCCCGGAGAGUUCAUCGACAAACUCACCCUUCAAGGAGGACUCGAUAGGAAACAAUGUUUGGCACCCUACAAACUGUAUCCGGUUAAGAUUACGAAUGAAUUGACAUCAGUGUUGAAGGAGAGGAAGGGAACAGUACCCAAAAGUGGUGAUGAUGAAGUCGCUGAUGAAGAAGAGGGAGAAUUGCUCAUUGAGCCUUUGGACGACGCAGCCAUUGGCAAGUAUUUUACGAGGAUCGGACGAGCGGUUGCGUCGGUUCGAGGUCGUGUCGCGCAAAAUGAGGAUUACUUCUUGGAUCAACCAAACAGAGAUAAUCAGGAUGCAGCUAACGCCAUAAUGGGCAUCGUGGUGGAGCACAUUGAGCCUUACAUAUAUUGGAAACCGAAGCUCUUAGAUGCAAUACUGAAGUACGGAGAUCGUCUUUACACGAUGUCCUUACCCCGAGCUUCGGCUCCGCCCAGACUAACUCCUGACGAAGUACAGAAGGAGUUUCAUGUUACUACGUUCAAUGUCAGGUUGGAAGUAGAGAGUGAUGUAGUGACAGGUGAUAUCAAGGCUGGCGAAAGUGGAACUCUUCUGAAUCUUCGAAGGGGAAUCAUAAAAUUCUUUGAGUCGCACAAGUACGGCGUGGUGUGCGCGAAGGGCUACUGCGCGGGCGUGUGGCGCGCGGCGGACGAGCGCGCGCUGUGCCUGUGGGACGCGCACGCGGUGGGGCCGGCCGGCGUCAGCGCGCCCGGCGGCGCCGCCGCGCUCGUGCUGUUCGCCACGCCCGACCAGCUCGCCCAGACCUUCGCCACCAGCCUCGAGCGCCUCGCCCGUCCGGGGCCCAAUAAAUAUUCGAUAUCGGCGGUGAAAGUAUUCUGGGAGCUGGCCAAGUCUCCCGGAGCUGUCACUCAGCAGGGAGCCGUGCCCGAUGAAGGUUAUGAGUGGAAGGUGUUGACUGCGUUUGUAGAGACGGCUCGCGGACGUACAAUACUUCGAGGAACACGACCUCCCGACCUAGUGAAAUUUACACGGGAUGCCAUCCUCCAAUCGUCCUGUGGGGCGAUUGUCGGCGUCUGUAUGUCGCAUGUGAGGAGACCUCAUCUCUGGACCAGGAACACAGUGGACGAGGUCAUGGUCGUGGCUGGACAGUUGUUCUCCGCCUCGUUGUGUGCCCUGGGCUAUGAGUUUAGACCUGGUGAAGAUUUGCUGUCUCCGUUACAGGUCUUGAAACGCUUUAUCUUAGGGGUCAACUAUGUGCGUUAUGACUUGCAGCUGGUUUAUUCUGGUAAACUCGAGCAGAGAGAACCCACUGAGAUGACUGUCAGAUGUGCGCUGGAGCGCUUCUUCGAGCGUCACACGCACGGCGUGCUGUGGGCGUGCGGGCGCGCCGUGUCGCUGUGGCGCGUGGCGGGCGCGCCGCCCUACUACAUGCUGGAGCCGCACGCCUGCGGACCCACCGGUCUGCGUGUCGACGCGCAGGACGAUGGCGCUGCUUGCGUUUUGACGUUCACAUCGGCAAAGAUGAUGGCGUUUGCAUAUCUACAAAACGUACCGGUCACAGAGCGACCUAAAUACGACUUUCAAUUAUACGCAAUGGCGGUCACGAUUCAGCCGAUCAAGAAACUGGGCGGAGUCGAUCCGCCUCUAGUUCGAGCGCCGCCGGGAGUCAAACUUGUACCGGCAACGAGUAAGAUUGGUAUCGACGGAAGUAAGCGUCGCGCAUCCGAGGGCGAUAGAAAGCAUCCUCCAGGGAGCGCCACCUGCGUCGACGCGCAACGAGCCGCCGAGAAGAAGGAUCAGGAAGAAGGGAAGUUGAAAGGUCAACGGAACACCAGUGGAUGGUUGGUGCUCAAUGAUGGCACGCAGUUCCUGUCGGCACAGCACUCGAUGAGCUGUCGGAAGUUCCCAUACGCUUCAAGGGGGAAUCAAGCUCUGGCGUGCUCGAUAAUGGCUGUAGCUAUGUCCCGGGUCGAGGAUGUCUGUCGCUGGUGUUCCUCAACUCUGGAUCAAAUACUGGAAAGCGGAGAUCAGCUCUACCAGGACAGUUAUCUACACUUCCGACCCUCUGGAAAGAUCCUCGCCAUUGAACAGGUUUUGCGGAAGUUCUAUACGCCUGGUAACUGCGUGUGUCGCGUCGUCGUGUACCAGCCGAGACAGAAGGGGAUCGUCGAUAAUGAUCUGGAGCAAAUGAUGAUGCAGUUCUUCCGCGAGGAGAAAUCUGGUGUUCUCGUUGCUGGUAAAGGUGAUUUUGCUGUAGCACUCUUUAGGACACCACGAGGGUAUUAUAUGUUCGACGCGGCUGAUCGUGACCGCUACGGUCGCGCGGUGGCACCACCUUGCAUCGGACACGCUCGCGCUUGCUUCUCUCAAUAUUCGAACGUACCAUCGUUGGUUGAGAAAUUAGGUUCGAAUAUACCGCCACUUGUAAAAGAAACGGACGACGAUGCAAAAGACGUAACUGUAGUAGCUGAUAAAUCGAAAGGCGAAGCGCAGAAAGAUGAAGAUAAGGAGGUGAGGUUUGAAGAACCGGCCUCAUUCACCAUAUACGGAAUGGAAGUUACAAGUCUGAGAAGGCUUAAUAAAUAUGAGAAAUAAUGAAAUAAACGGACAGGAUUCUAGACGUUUCUAUGUAUACAUACGUAUAUAUAACGUACUCGUACCGUUCUGGAUAGUUUGUCUUGUAAAAUGUCUGUCCUAACAACGCUUUGUGACGUAAUAUUGAUUCAUAUCCUGUCUUAUAGAAAAAACAUAUUUAAAACUAG